CCCGUCCUUUUCCUCCCCGCAGGGUUCAAAUUCGAAUCCCGGGACCCUCCUCUGAAGUCCAAAUCCCCCAACAGAACUCGUCCUCUUUUCUUUUAGCGAUUGAAUCGAGUAAUCCCAAACUGAGGCUGAUGGGGAUGGAAGCGAAAUGCGGUGGCCUGGCCGUCGCUGCCGGCGCCACGGUCCGGCGGCCGCUGCAGCAGCGGGACACCAACGUGGCCGCGUCCACGGUGGUGGUCGCCAAGGCCGCGCCCAAGGCCAAGGCGAAGCCACCGAAGGCCGUGACGAGGCUGGCUGCUUCGCCUUCACCGCUCCUACCGCCGCCGCCGCCGCCGGUAGUGGUGGUGAAGCCGCGGGUGAAUGCUGAGUGCGGUGCGGCGGCCGUGCUGACCGCGGCGGAGGUGUCGCUCGCGGAGGAGCUCGAGAGGGCCCGCGAGCGGCGAGGCCGGCUGCGGGAGGCGAGGGAGCGGACGGAGCGGGAGAUGGAUUGCCGAGCGGAGGCGCUGGACCGGGAGGUGGCGGAGUGGGAGCGCCGCGCGGGCGAGCAGCGGAGGCUCGUCGCCGAGCUCAUGCGCCUCGUCGGGAUGCCCGAGGCCUAUACUCCUGUGGAAUCGCUGAGAUCCAGGGAGGAGAGGAAGCGAAGAGAGGCGAUUGGUCCUUCGGUUUCCAGGGGUUCCACCUCGACAGCAUCAACAUUGCCGGCUGAUGUUGGAUCAGAAUCCUGUAGAGUGACAAAAGAGACGGUGAAAACAACAGAGAUCGCAGCAUGAUUUUGUGCCACGGCCCACGGGCUCGGUUCAGCUGAAAACACGCUUGUGCCUCUGUUCUUUUCUCGUAUAAAUUGUCAGUUGUGAAUGAAAUCAAAUGGCUUGUUUGAGUGCUUUGAUCUGAAUAUUAUGGGAAUCCCACAAAUUUACUUCAA